AUGGCAUCAAGUCUUGGCAUUUUGAGAAUUGUAGAACUCAUAAUUUCAAAUGGUACCGAUAUUAAUGCAAAAGAUAAUAAUGGUAAAACUGCUCUCCAUUACGCUGCAGAACUUAAUAGCAAAGAAAUCGCCGAAUUUCUUAUUUCUCAAGGAGCAGACAUCAAUAUCAAAGACAACAACAAUAAAACGGUUCUUCAUUAUGCAGUCGAAAGAAAUGAGAUGGAAUUUAUUUCAUAUCUGAUUUCGCACGGAUUAGAUGUCAAUGCACGCGAUAAUGAAGAAAAUACAGUUCUUCAUAUUGCAGCAUCCAGAGGUAAUAAAGUUGCUGCAGAAAUCCUGAUUUCAAAUGGUGCAGUUAUCAAUGCCAAAAAUAAAGAUGGAGAAACUGCACUUCAUAAAGCGGGUAACAAAUCAAUGAUCGAAUUUCUCAUUUCAAAAGAUGUUGAUAUCAAUGCAAGAAAUAAGAAGGGUCAAACAAUAAUUCAUUUAUCAAGCAGGUUUAAUAAAUCCGAUUUGAUACAAUUCCUUUAUUUACAUGGUGCAGAUAUUCAUUUGCGUGAUAAUAAUGGAAGAACAGCCCUUCAUUAUGCUGCAGAUUUUGGUAAUUUGGAAAUAAUAGAAUUUCUUAUUUCACAUGGCUUAGAUGUGAAUGCAAAAGAUAAAGAUGGAAUAACACCUCUUCAUUUAUCAUCUAAAAACACGGCAGAAAUCCUUAUUUCACAUGGUGCAGAUCUUAAUUCAUGCGACAAUGACGGAAGAACUGUUCUUCACUUUGCAAUUCAACAUCAUAAUAAUACAACCAUCGAUUUCGUUAUUUCUCAAGGCAUAGAUUUGAAUUCUAAAGAUAAGGAUGGUCUCACUCCUCUUCAUUUGUCAGUACUCUAUCAUUUAUCACAACACAAUCAUCAAAAAAAUGCUGUUGAAACAAAGUUUUAUUCUCCAACACAUUUAGAUUCUAAUCUUGAUAUUGCAAAACUUUUGAUAUCACAUGGUGCAAACAUCAAUGUCAAAGAUAAUCAUGGCAAGACAGCACGUGAUUACGCAGAAUCCAGAAAUCUUGACGAUUUUAUUAACAUAUUUGAUACAUGA